AUGGUGUCACACACUACCAUUCCCAGUGCCCGUUCAACGUCGUUGCGCAUAAUUGGAGCUUUAAUUGCGAUGACGUUGCUGCUGUGGACCAUCAGAAGUGGAUAUCAAACUGCAACUGAACCUAGGCGCCAAUUGUAUGGCCAAUGGAUUUCACUUGUUGGAGUCUUGAUUAUGCUAUUUGGUUUCUUGCUUCUGGCUACUGGGUUACCUAUAAUUGCAGACUUGUUUCUUGGCUUGUCAGAGGAGCUACAAUAUUCCGACGAAACUGAUCUUCAUCAGCAUAUCGUCGACCUGAAAGUGAAAGUCGAUGCUUGUGCCUAG